AUGACACGCCCCACCACCGUAUUUACGCUCACAUCCUCAGCUAGCCAAAGUAGUAACGCUAGUCAAACCUCAGGCGGUGCUCCGCUGUCGUGUUGCUCAACGCCUCCGCCCCCCUUCGAAGAAGCACCACCUCCUCGAACCAGUCGCACCAACUCUUCGUCAACUACGUCUUCGAGUGCGUCCGGGAGACGUCGCGGGGCGUCUAGUGCGGCCAGUGUGAUGACCACUUCGUCGGCCUCUUCGCUCGCACUGACGCCUGCUGCGUUGAGCAGCGCGCGUAGUAAUGAGGCCAGUGUAUGCUGGACGCCGCCCGCGUCUGUGGAAGGUUCUACUCCAACUUGGACGGAGGGCACGCCUAGCUUCACUGAAUCCAGUAGUAGUGAGCAAGGCUACCCAAUAACUCCAGCUCGCGGCGCGACGCCGUGCGACGGCCGACGCUCUCCCCGGCCCCCGCCGCCGCCCGCGCGAGCCCUCCCACCAACCACCAUCAACUGUCUUACCAGCGAAGUGGUGGAAAUGACACACUUAAGAUCUGAAACUUCAAGGAUUACAAUAUCAAGUUAUGAAAUACACACCAGAGAAGAUGAAGAGGAACCAUGUUAGUUAUAAGUUAAUCCAAGCAAUUUCGCAACUAAUUUUUGUAGAUUUAUUGCAAUAUAAUCGUUGAAAAGCUCAAGAGCCAUGGAGACCAACUGUGGAUUUCAAUAACCGAUUCGUAGUUUUGGAUUGAAGAUUGAAUUUUGGCAUAAGCUUCGUAUAAUUUAUGUCAAAUUUCCAUCUGUUAUCGCAAAACAAUAGAUAGAUUUAUUAUUGAAAUUCGCAGUAAUUUAGCUCACGUGUUUCGUAGGUUUAGAAGUUUGUCAGUUCAAAAAAUGUUAUUGAUUGAUAACUGCCGAAUUAGAUUGUGAAAAUAAACACGAGUUAAAGGGAGUUAAAUAAAUUGGCAUAUAUGUAAAAUGGGUCAAAUUAUUAGCCAGUUUUACGUAAUGGGACGGAUGAAGGAUUAUACUGAUGAAGGAUUGAUAAUGGCACAAAAAUUAUACUAAUUAGAAAUCUCAAGAACAAAGACUUAGGCCUAUUCAAACGGUCAAAUAAAUUAGAAAAAUUAUACACAAUUUAACUAGAAAAUUAUAAAUUCUUCGAUAAGAAUUAUAUUGCAAUAAAUGAGUACAAAUUAUUAUGUAUCUGCUAAUUAUAUUUAACUGUUAUGAAGCUUAAAUGUAAACGUUGAAAUCAGUAUUGUAUUCGGUGCUUUACUAAAGAUGGCCACUGAACAUCAAAAAAUAUUUGAAAGACUCACCAGCGGAAUUUUAGAGCAGGUCGAAAGAUAUUUGUGUCUUAUCUAAAUACCCUAAAAGUUCAUAUUUCAUUGACAUGUCUAGAAAAACGACACAACCCUAGAUCAGUUACUUUUACAUAAGAAGAAUCAAUAUGCUUGCAAUUUGAUGUAUAUAAGAAACAUAAAAUAUUUUGAAACGCACUCCGUUUGAUCGAAUCAAAUGAACAAAGGACUAAAUCUAUAACAAGAACUUAUAUUUGUUUAAAUGAAGAGAGGUGAAAUUAAUAAAUAAACCAACAACAAGAAAAACAUAUUUGAUACAAUGAAUACAAUAUGAAUAUACCAUUCCCGUAUCUAUUGAUCCCGUUGGUGACCUUGAAUGUACUUAAGUUCUCUUGAAUCUGCUUUAAUAUCAUAUAGUUUAUUUCUUUCUCGUACCACUGAGACGUAGCCUGAUAAACCAUUUAAUAAAUGUUCAGGAAUUUUAAUUAAGUUUCUACAGUUUAUACGAAGUACGUAAUCUGUUAAUUUUUAAGGAAAUUACAUUUAAAUCGUAAUGGAAGUCUGAAAACCAAUAGGUACCUUGACCCUUUGUAUGUCGGAGCGCAGAUAUACGCGAGACACAAUUAUUUUCUUUUUUUUAUAAUUAGCGACAUACAAGCAGUCAAAUCAUUUUUCUUCUCUGAUAUAUUGUAAAUGAGAUUUAUUUAAGUUUGAGUAAGGCCAAGUAAAAAUGUCUCGAAUCCCAACGUAGCCAAAACUUUUGAAGCAGCGAGUUGCCAUCUUUAAAGUAAUUGUAUCAUUAAAAUUAUAUUACUCGAUAUAUUAUUAUUAGAAUAAGAAUCUACCCACUGCCAUUGUUGUUAAUUUUAAUAUUUUGAAUGGUACCUAAUUCUAAAAUUGUAAUACAAAAUGCUAAUAUGACAAUUGAUUAAUACUACAGCUGAUUAAUACGACAGUGCGUUAAUUAUGAUGAUGAUAUGACACUUCAUUAAUACUACGAAUAAAUUAUGAUUAUGAAAUAAAAGCUACUAGAAGUUUCCAAAUAAAAUAGUAUAGUAGGUGCCAUUCAAAAAUAUCAAUAAAAUACGUUAGUUAGGAAUAAUAUCGUGGAAUCUAUAAUUUGAAAAAGGAAGGUGCAAAAAAGUUCGUCUUAGUUUAUUCUUUGUUUAAUUAUGUACUCCAAAUCAGUAUUUUUUAAUCUUAUAUGGGGCAACUAUAUUUUCUUGCCUGUUAUACAAAUAUUUAACAUGUUAGGUAACUAGACUUCAUAUUUCUGAACGCCUUUAAGCUAUACAAAAUACUGAGACCCAGAUAUUCGACAUUCAAGACAUUAUUCAGCAUUGUGUCGGAUUGCCGUCCCGUCGGGCUAUGAGAGUGAAGGAAUAGUAAAUGCACCUGUGUCUGCGCAAAUGCUAGUGCACUAUAAUAUGUCCUGCGCAGCUGGCUGAUCUCCUUAAAUGAGAACAGCCGCCAUGGGUGAAAUCGGCCUUGGACGUCAUAAUUUUAAUUCAACUUUCAACUUCGAUCGGUUCAAGUCAAAAUAUAUGCAGUCUAGUUACCUAUUAUGUUAUUUUAGACGUAAUUACUCUUAAUCGGUGUUUGUCUUAAGACGUUAAGUUAUUACAAUUUAAACGUUGUUACUGUUGAAAUCAACUAUUUUCCAUUUGAGUUAAUUAAUAAUCGAAUUUUCUACUCAUUUAGAAUCUAUACGUAUUACUCUAUAUUAAAGAGAAAGGUUAAGGCUUUAUUACUAUGCUCUUAAUCUAUGCAGCCAUUAUAAAAAAUGACUUAUUAAAUUAUUUUCAAAACAGCAAUACACGUAAUUUUAUGUUCUACUGUUUUGUAAAAGGGUCAUUUAAUAUUUUAUUUAUAAAACUGUAAUAGUUAAUUUCAACUAGUAUUCGAAUAUAAAGUUUUACUUAAAUUUUAUUUUUGUCAUCACUUAUGUUACGUUUUACUUUUCAUGUUUAGUUCUUUUGAUAGACUGAUUUUAACUAUUUUAGAUCUGAUUUUUAUAAUAUUAUAAACUUACAAAAUUAAUUUAUACAAAACAUUUUGUAGUUUAUGAUUCAUAACCAGUAUCAUUCUUUUAAUUUUUAAGUAGACCAAUCUUAUUUUCUAUUUAGUAAAAUAAUCAUGCUCAUUUUAUUUCUUUAUUUCAUAAUUUUCAUUCUAAUUAUAUUUUCAUUUUAAUUCACUUAGUUAAGUUACUCAGGAUAUAUUUUUUACUAACUCAAAUGUAUGGUACAAAAAUAUUAAAAUGUUGAAAAUGUAUAUCGUAUUGUAAGCGCUUAUAGCAAUACGCAAUUUAAAAAUUAAUCAAUCAUCUGUCGAAUUAUACAAAUUAAAUUAGCCUUUUUAUGUUCAAUAUCAUAAUUAAAUUAAAAAUCAUUCUACAAAAUAAAUAUUUUUUGUCAGAAAAAUGAUUUUUCCACGCAUUUUUUUUAAUAUGUGGCGUUCCUCAUGAUCUUUCAAAAAUAUUAUUUGUGCUAUACGUAAAAAAAACAUCUGAUUCUAGGUAAAUCAAUUUAUGAAAUAUACUUAAUGUAUUUUGAAGUAUGUAAACUUCCAUAACGUUAACGUACUAUGUAGUUCACAAAACAUAUUUAAUGAUUGUUUUCGAAACUGCAACCAUUAAGAGGUCCCACUCUACUUUGCUCAAAAUUGAAUUUCCCAACAAUACAUCUUAGUACCUUGGGCAGUCGCUCCAUAUGUCACACUGGUACUCAGCUGCAUCCAGUAAGUCUGGAAGCCGACCCCAACAUAGUUGGGAAAAGGCUCGGGAGAUGAUGACAUCUCAGUCCCUUGUUAAAUGCAUACUAUUUGCAAUAAUUUUAAUUAUAUAAUACUGCGCAUAGAAUUUAUGCACAGUCACACAAUAGGCUUUCGUAUCAACUUUAAUGUUUAAUAUCUCAAUGAAAGUUCUGCUUAUAUUUUAUAUUGUUAUGUGAGUUCAUGAGAAUGCAUAAGAUAGUUUAUGCAACGAGCCUAGUAACUGAGGUUUAUGGGGACUUUCAUUCUUACUUCAUACAACAUGAUUGGAUGUCCCUAUAUGCAAGUUAUUGCAAUCUAAAACUUAAUUUCCUAUUCAUAAAUAUGAAUAGAUAUAGUAUUGCAAUAUGUAAAACACUGUUAUUCGGCUUUAUCUUGUUGACUGUGUGUGUUUUACAUUUAAAACACAGAAAACAGUUUUACUUUGAAUUUAUAUAGUACCUAUCUAUCCGUAAUGACAUUGAGCAAAUAUCAAAACUAAAUCUCUGAUCGAAAAUCUACGGAAAGAUGGUUAUUAAAUUUACCGUUAAUUAACAGUGAAUCCAAUAAAAUCAUAAUAUUUUAUUUCUUUGUUUUUGCAUCAAUUUUCCAUCGGGAAAAUUGGUUAAUCAUUAAAUAAUUUUAACGGCAUACGACAGUUGAUUAAAUUGUAUUAAUUAAUUAAUUAAUCGUAGUAAUUAAAUCAGUAUUUAUUUUUUAAACAAUUAUUGGUCCAUUUGAAAUAUUCCACCGAUAUGUAAUCAAUGUUCUGUAGUUUUAGGAAAUGGGGUAUCAAGUUUUAGUUUACAUUAGAAUCCUUUCAAAUACUUCUAUUAAAACUUUUAUUGGGAUUUGUAUAUGCCAACAUUUAUUCAAAAAAACAAAAUCAUUCAAUCAAAUUAGGCUGAAAGUAAUCACUUUUAGAACGUCAAAAAGAUACAAAGACAGCCCCCAAAACGCCCACCCUUCACCACUUCCUAUGUGUUUUUGCCGGGAAGAAGAAGUGGCGCAACAAACUCCCCAGCAACACAUGUCUGUCUGUUUGGUGCAUUAUUUUAGGCACAUUUUUUACACAAAGUAUAGAUGAAAAUAUCUAAGUUCUAUGCUAAAUGGAUUACAAAAUCAUGACCGCUAUUUGUAAAAUCCGUUUUUCUUGUAUUCAUAUUUUUUUUAUGCGUAUUUAAUUUGUGAGCUAGUACUUGAUAUCCCAAUGAUUGUUGUGUAAUAAUAAUGUAAUUGUACAAAACGUUUUGUAACUUGUUGAAACUUUGCUAGUGCUGUACCCUUAUAUGUCGAUAAAUAAAUGUAUUUGUAUCCUGUGUACUUAUCUGUAUAUCGCGAGAAAAUAUUUGAAUUAAAUGCGUAUUUCCAA